AUGAAGCGCAGUCAGACACCAAUUACCGCUUUUUUUGAGCGCAAGCAAGCGCGCCGCAUCAGCAUCGAUUCCAUCGACACUGAUAGCGACAAUAAUGAAGACACUCCUUUCUCCGCUUCUAAUGCUCAUCGGCCCAAUCACGUCGAAAAUUUGAUUACAGAAAAACAAAAACAAGAUGAAACUAAUCCAUACAAUAGGAAGCACAAUGCUACGACGCGUAGACGGACCCGCGAGGAUCUAUUGGGAAUUUUGCAACGUCGUGAACUUGUGGGCUGCAUCUUAAAGAUACAAAUAGGGAGUAAAAGUCAAGAUCAACGGAGGAGUUUUGCUGGCAGCUGUUUGAACCUUGGACAGAAAUGGAUAGAGAGCAACAAAAUACAAAUUGAAGAUAAAGAAGAGAAGACCAUGACGAAUAUUAAAUUACAUCCGAUCCAUACAAUAUAUACGCCAUUUGAAGUGAAGCGUAUUCGCUGGAACCCAGUGGACGAGGACGAAAUUGCGUGUUCCUUCACGAAUCGCAACGAAAUUUAUGUUUUCAACUUGCGCAAGUUUCCGAGCAAACCUCACAAAGUUCUUAAGAGCUCGAAUCAGCCUUCGAGUGGGUACAAUGACUUUUUCUAUUUUUCUACAUCAGGAAUAAUUUCGUCGCAGAAAGAGCCUUCGAGAGAAAAGUCAAGCUUGAAAUCUGUGAGCCUAAUUGCUGGUGAUACCAAUGGAGCAGUUCGGAUGUGGAACCUUCAAAUUCCGUUACGACCAGUUUGGAGUUUCCUUGCAGGCUCGCUACCAAUCAAUGCUUUGGUGCUAUCUGCCAAUAAGCAAUUUUUAAUAAUUGGUAAUGAAGCUGGAAUGCUCAUGACGUACGACAUUCAACGUAAAGUUGUACCGGCCUUCGGCUCCAAGCCUGUGCCGCAGCGAAAGGUAGCAUUAAAUGUUAUGGAAUUGAUUAAACCGUAUUUGUCGCCCGCAUUAAUUGAAUUUGGUUUGCUCUCAAGCCGGUAUGGGUCUCCUGGCAUCAUGUCGAUGCGUCUAGUUCCACAAUCAGAGACGCAAGUACUGUGUCAGCUGCGUAACGAUUGGGUGGUUGUUAUCGAUUAUCUUUGUGGGUUUAUUGUAAAGUUGCAUACAUCAAUUCGAGGUCGAACGUUUAAGAAAGUUUUGACGACAAGAUCCUCUCCAUCCAUGCUUUCGACACUUUCAACGAGUGAAAACCAAAGUGAUACUCUGCCUGGGUCACGACGUAAUUCGUGGCUUUCGUGUCAUCGAUGCGCGGGCGCGCUCCUUUUUGACAACUCAAUCAUGUGUUCGGGGAGUCACGAUGCAACAAGUUUAGACAUGAUCGAUUUGCGCCAGCUUUAUCGUGUGGAGCCUACUACAUCAACAAUAAAAGAAAACGUCGAUGAAGGAAAUCCAGCAAAGCUCGGCAAUUCUCAGCUUCAACCAGUUGAGCGACUCGAUCGCUUUCGCAUCUCCACAAACAAUUUUAUUACUGCUGUAGCUGCGCAUCCGAAUCAACACGUGGUAAUAUGUGGUGGGAAAAGUAUGGAGUUACAGAUCAUAGGUGUUAUGGGCCAACUCGAAGAAAAAUAUCUGCUCAAAUAA